GUCUAUUUCAUCUAUCUGUCAAAGUUUAAUUAUUGUCACACUGGUGAUGCAUAUAUAACAAAAGCGACCUAUAUAGAUUAAAGUCCUUUUAAAACAAGGUUCAUAUAGACCCAAUAACCACAAAUACACACACACACACACACAUAUAUUGGCUUUUCUUGCCGUUUGAGAGUCAAACUCACACACGACUCACUGAAGGUUGAUACAAAAUAUAUGGUCGAAAACUACUUAUAGAGUUUGGUGGGUCGUAUUUUCAACAUUUUAAACUCAUUCUUUUAUGUUGACAAUAGGAAAAAAAUCAUAUCAUAUAUCUCAACAUAGAAACUUUUUUUUCCGCCAAACCAAAAGAAAGAAGAAAACAAGAAAAUAAGUAAAAUGGGUGUUCUUGAUCACGUCUCUGAAUAUUUCGAUUGCUCCCAUGGAUCCAAGAGACACAAAAGUCUACAGACGGUGGAUGUGAGGGUUUUGAUAGACUGUGAAGGAUGCGAAAGGAAAGUGAGGAGAGCCUUAGAAGGAAUGAGAGGAGUAAGAGAUGUAACCAUCGAGCCAAAUGCUCAGAAAGUGACAGUGGUUGGGUACGUUGAGCCAAACAAAGUGGUGGCUCGGAUCAUUCACCGGACCGGUAAAAGAGCCGAGUUAUAUCCUUUUGUUCCUUACGACGUGGUGGCUCAUCCUUACGCGUCUGGUGUUUAUGAUAACAGAGCCCCGACUGGGUACGUUAGGAACACCGAGUAUGAUCCACAUGUGUCACGUCUCGCACGUGCUAGCUCCACUGAGGUUCGUUAUACUACGGCGUUUAGCGACGAGAACGCCUCCGCUUGUGUUGUUAUGUGAUAUGUUUUUUUUUUUUACUGGGAUUAGUCUUUGUGUUUGGAUGUUGAUGUUUGUUUAUGUUUUCAUCACGUAUGUAUUAAGAUAAGAACGAGUGAAAAAAUGUAAAUUUCAUGGUGAUGAAUUAGUGAUUAUAUUUGAUAA